UUUCCACAUCUUCCCCAAUUGACAACAGUCAUCUGGGUCACUUUCGUCUGUGCAAAGAGCUCUCGACUGCGACGAACUUCGCUUAAGGAGUGCCUACAGCUCAUCGUGUGGCCCUCCGGGACCUGAUUUGCUCUCGGAAGUGAUUAAACCAGAUCCGGCAAGCGGUACCGCUUUCUGCACAUUUGCUUUCGACUUCACAAUUAAUUAAUGUUGCCUCGGUAACACUUUUCCCAUCGAGUGAAUUCGACAAUGUCGAGUCCCAUGAUGGAAUAUACCAAGUCGUCGCUUCAUCACAAAGCACAGUUGAAACAUUAUUCCUGGCAGGUUCCUGACGCCAGUAUUGUUCAUCGGCUUUAAUGGGGACUUCCUUUUCAAUCUAAUAAUGAUACUUGUUCGUGAGGUGUGAUUAUACCUCGGCGAUCGUUCGCUCGUUAACAAAAUCGACCAGGGCUGGAAGUGCUCCGAAAUCGCUUUUCAAGUCGUGAAGUGUAUACGUCCGAAUGAGAAGAUAAAGUGCGUGUGUAUAUCGUGCGUGUGCCGUGUAUGCGAUAAGCAUGGAGGAACUGACGGAGUUCGUUUCGAAAACGUUCAAGGACGCCUCGUCUGAAUCCUUACCACAGUCUUCGCGUUGCCUUUCAUUUAUGGCUCACCACCUUGCCACACCGUUUAAACGCGAUGACGAAGAAGACUCAAAGGAUUCACGCGAUUGUCUCUCUCAUGAAGACGCUCUUUCGCCACGACCUCCGCUGAAUUUAAAAGAGGCUUCGUUCGGCCAACGAGACGCGCUCAAGGAUACCCGCAAUAGUACAGGCGUAAAACAGCGAAGAUCGCGGACAAACUUUACCCUGGAGCAGUUGAACGAACUUGAAAAGCUCUUCGACGAAACUCAUUACCCGGAUGCAUUUAUGCGCGAAGAACUUUCUCAGAGACUUGGCCUAUCUGAAGCACGAGUCCAGGUGUGGUUCCAAAAUCGACGCGCCAAGUGCCGCAAACACGAGAGCCAGCUGCAUAAAAACAAGCUGGGCCAUCUGACCCCCGCGGGCGCCAGCCUGUCCCCACUGACUUCAUUGUCUUCGCUUGGAGCCUUCGAGCCUCUUCCGCCAGGCGGACUUUCAUCUAUAUCCCCGCUGGCACCAUUGUCAAUGGGAGCUCUCGGUUUUAGUAAGACGGGUCUACCGAAGGAUAUUACGUUAUCUGCAUUUGUGAGCGUCAACAAUUCAACGCGUGACGCAGGGGUGAACGAAGAUAAACAAGCACCUCGCCUAUCACCGUGUGAUUCGCCAUCUCCUGCUCCUUGUGUAUCACCAUGCCCGGCUUCCACGACGGGCGCCCCAGCAUCCCCACCUAAAGCAGGGGCUGGAUCGACUUCGCUCUUUCAUACACUGCCAAGUAUUAUCGAGUCGUCAUCAAAGCUUUCUUCAGCAGGUGGCGGAAACUUGGGUAUGGGCGGGAUUGGGCCGAACUCGCUGCCUUAUGAACAUCUGCUAGCAGCCGCGGCCCAUCAAUACGCCCUCCUUAUGGCACAGCAUCAGAAUCAAGCUUACGGAGUUAAUCCCGGAGGACUGGUGGGCGAGAGCCGUUGGCUGGGGGUAUCCUGCCCUUCACCCCUCGGCCUGCAUCUGACCGGUGGCCUAAGUCCGUUAGCGCUGAAUGCGCUGCUUGGCUUCAACGCUGGCAGUGCUACGCGAGUCAGUGCCCCCACAACAACGGAAGCUGGUCACGUGAGCGUCAACAAUAAUGGCAGCCAUUCCCCUUCGUCGACGUCACCUUCUCUGGUUCAUGCAGUAGCGUCAAAUAUUCUCGUGCACAAUCUUGGCCUUUUGGGCAGCCUCCCCUCCGACAAUAACGGAGUAAAGGAUCUUCGCAUCAAGUCGAAAACUCUAGAUCGAAACUUAUGACACCCGUGGGAACGAGCAAGCAUUGGUGAGGUAGGGGUCGAUGACGGCACGAAUGAUGAAGCGGCCGGCGGCAGCACUCAUCGGCGGAAGGAUGCUGUACGCACUUCCGUCAAAACGGCCUCAGCUGGAAAAGGAAUUGCAUCUACCGAAGAUAUGGAAACCGAAGUCGGACCGGACGGCAAAUUGCGCAUGUCUCUGGUCCCAGUUCACGACGAAGACGACGUUUGUGUCGAUGACGAGGUGGACAACUGAAGUUUUCUGCAAGUUUGAUUGUGAUGACUUUGCCCUGAACAAGGAUUAAGGAGAAGACGGUGGUGGGAUAGUACCGUUUUAUAUUUGUAUUAGUGUUUCUAGACCAAAGAAAAGAAGUUGGACUAAAUGCACAUUUACGUGUGUUUUAUUGAAUUCACAAAUGCAAGGGAGAUCCUAUGUAUCGGCCGGGAUUCAGACUCGCGCAUAGCACCAAAGGCCUGUCUUAGGUAUCAAGUGUUUGCCUAUAAGCGGCCUACUCCUGCCCCCGGAAGACGAUGCAGCGAUCCUUUUUUUUCUAACUAUAAACAGUAUCCACAUGUAAAUGAGUCUUGAUUUAUGGGUGCUUAGCAUCUCUCGCGCAUGUCGGCUUAGUGCACCUACUUUUUCAAUUAUAGCUAUAUUUUUCAAAUUAAAACUUCGGAGCGAUUUUACGCAUUCGUUCUCGCUACAAACGCAUUCAGCGUAUGUGAGGCUUGUGCCGGCGAAGCAUCAAGCAGGGGUCUGUGGCUUCCUAGAAUAGCGUAAGGGGUCUCAUUAAUGUGUCCAUCAUCGGAGGUUGUCAUUGAACUUGUGGAUGUACACUAGUUUAUUUGGCAUAAACAAUACGAAUUAUAUUGAUACUUAGCAAAACGGUGCCAUAUGAAAAGCACGGCAGUUACCUAUUUGCGCGGUAACCAGGCCUUUUCUGCAGUUUGUUCCCUUGAUACAUGUGGAUGGUCAGUGAUCUCUUUUCCAGGUUGCAAAGGGGGUAGAGGAUGUUCAGAACGUCCAGGCGUUCGUAUGAAAAACAGAGCAAUGCCAAUAUUCUCUCUAUGGACGAUUUGAACUGUAUUUUUUUUUUUUUAUUUUGGGUUGAGUGAUUUAUCUUUGUUGAACAAGAUAAGAUUAUAUCACCUAUCGCACACGCUAUGCUUUGUCCAAGUUCUGGGUAUUCAUGAAAAUAAACCAGCAUUGGCUAGUAUUAUUUCUUCCGAUUUCUAGAAGUCGCUAAUAGUUUUCGAAAGCUGUUUUGCGCUGAACUUGAUGUUUUCAGCGGACUAGCUAAAUGAUUAUAGAAAAAAAACUGGAUUUGAGCUGGUAUUUUUGAGUGUGCGCCUAGUUGCUUGUCACACUUAAGUGAAUUAACUAUAUGCCUGUAAUCUGACUAGGUCAGCGCCGGCAUUAUAAGGAACGCGGCCUAAUACGACUUUGUGCUUCCUCACGUAGUUUCUUCCGUUUCACCGUAUGUGCUUUGUUCUUCUUCUAUUUUAACAGUUUUUAUUUAGCAGUUUCCAAAACAAUGAGUUAGUGAGUUACUUGGAAUUACUAAGUUUGCCUUUCUCAAUAUGACUGUGUGUUUACAGAAGGAAUCAUUGUAGGCGACAAUGGGUGCUACACGACUAUAGUUUACCGUUUACGCUACCGUAGUAUGCUUUCUGUUAGUCAAUAGUAGGUCAACCAACAGCCGCAUAACUGUUAUAUUGCCUUGUUUUUCGCGCCGGAGGUCAAUUAUACUAGACUUCAGAUAGACAAAUCCACCUUGGCUGCAUUCAGCGAGCGCGGGCAGGUAGAAAGGCUCGUAAGGUCCUACUAAACGACCUACACAUAAUUAUAUAUGCGUAUUUAUAGUUCAUUACAGUGAAUGCUAUACUGUGAUUAUGUAACGCAAAUGAAUUAGCAGUGUAUUGUAACGGAAGCAGCCAGCUAUCACAUACAAUAACUUUACGCCAUUUGUCUGAUUGAGUCCGGAGCCUAAAUCUGUCUGAUCUAGAUCAAGGAGGAGAAAUAGGUGUCCAGAGUGGUUUGUACAUAUGAAUUGUACACAGAGGGUAGCAUUUGACAAAGGCAUCAAAAUGUAGUAACUUUCAAACAUUUAAACGAACGGUCAACAUCAGACCGUUAACAUACUGUAAUCACUAAUGCUAAUAGCAAUUGAACAAGUGCAUUAAUUCAACUAAU